UCAUGCUGCCUGCUGCCAGGUCCAGAGUCUGUCAUGGGUCCCUGUUACGGCCUCCCAUUGCUGCUGUCUCCAUCGCCACACUCUGCCAUUGUGCCACUUUCAGGUCUCCUCACACUGCUGGUGUGUUCCAUUUUUUGUCAUAGGGUGCUGGCAGAUUACGGGCCUCCCAUAGCUGCUGCCAGGCCCCUAAUCUGCCAUGGGCCCCUAUACCGCCUCCUCAUGCUGCUGCCAAGUCCAGAGUCUCUCAUGGGUCCCUGUACGGCCUCCCAUUGCUGCUGUCUCCAUCGCCACACUCUGCCAUGUGCCACUUUCAGGUCUCCUCACACUGCUGGUGGGUUCCAUUUUUUG